AUGCGCCUAGCUUUCAGUCUCAGAUUUCCUAUCACCACAUCCCUGAGAAGAUUUUCUUCUCAAGAAUCGCCAUUGGUAAACCUUAGAAAUACAUCCAAAUAUGUUUCCAUUAAGCCGGUUACAGAUUUAAGAACAAGCUCAGCAGCUGAAUUUGUAGCAUCCCCCAACUCUAAGCUGCAAUCAUUGAUCUGGCAUACACCGCUACAAAAUGUCCUCAUAACUAAGAAACCUUGGACUCCAACUACGAGGGAGGCCAUGGUAGAAUUCAUUACUCAUAUUCAUGAUUCAUAUCCGGAAAUCAACAUAAUUCUUCAACCUGAUGCUGCUGAAGAGAUAGCACAAGAUUUUACAUCACCUUUGAACCAAGAUCCCAGCCGUCCUCAUGUCUUAUAUUCAGGAACCACAGAAGAAAUCGUAUCAAGAACGGACCUACUGGUGACGUUAGGUGGUGAUGGGACUAUAUUACAUGGGGUGUCCAUGUUUGGUAAUAAUCAAGUCCCUCCCGUCUUGGCGUUCUCGUUAGGAACAUUGGGCUUUCUAUUACCCUUUGAUUUUAAAGAAUAUAAAGGUGUUUUUGAAAAAGUUAUUAGGUCAAGAGCCAAGUGUCUUCAUAGGACACGUUUGCAAUGUCAUUUUAUUAAAAAUGGUACCACCAAACCCAUAGUCACACACGCCAUGAACGAUAUCUUUCUUCAUAGAGGUAAUUCUCCUCAUUUAGCUAAUUUAGACAUAUUCAUCGAUGGGGAGUAUUUAACAAGAACCAUUGCUGACGGUGUUACAUUAUCUACGCCCACGGGGUCUACUGCUUACUCUCUAUCUGCUGGUGGAUCCAUUGUCUCACCAUUGGUCCCCGCCAUAUUGUUGACACCAAUUUGUCCCCGUUCAUUGUCAUUUAGGCCCUUAAUAUUACCACAUUCAUCGCAUAUAAAGAUUAAAGUCAGCUCGAAGAUGAACCAGAAGAAUUUAAGUAAUGUAGUUAAUUUAUCAAUCGAUGGUGUCCCACAGCAUGAUUUACAAAUUGGCGAUGAAAUACACGUUAUAAAUGAAGUAGGAACGAUAUAUGUUGAUGGAACGCAACUACCAACGCUAGCAAAGAAUUCGAAUGGUGAAGAGAAUCAAACGUUGAAAAAGAGAGAGAGUAAAAAUUCAGGAAUAUACUGUGUGGCAAAGAGUGAGAAUGAUUGGACUCGUGGCAUUAAUGAAUUGUUAGGUUUCAAUUCUGGUUUCAGAUUCAUUCGUCGUAGUAAAGAUAAUUAA